AAGAUAAGCUCACGGACGACGACGACGACGACGACGACAACGUACGCCCAAGGAAGGAAGCCAGAAUGGCGGAAAAGUACCCAAAGAUAUGCCCUGGGGGCGGGCUCAUCAUCGCUUGGCAGCUCAAAGGAAAGAAGGUUCUCUUGGUUGGCGGUGGAAAUGUGGCAGCUGGUCGACUGGUCAACGUGAAAGACGCUGAUGCGCAUCUGACUGUCAUGUGCCCGCACUCUGGCCUGGGCGCCGAGAUGAAGCACCGCAUCUUCGAGGAGAAGGUCGUCGACGCCUACCUCGACCAGACCUUUUCAGUCGAAAACGGCGAUGCUCUCGUCGAGGGCUACGACAUGAUCCUGACGGCCAUUGACGAUAGCGACCUCUCUCGCUCCAUCUGCGAGCUGGCUCGUCGGCACAAGAUCCCAGUCAAUGUCGCGGAUGUGCCGCCCGAAUGCGACUUCUACUUUGGCAGCCUGAUCAGGAGGGGCCCACUGCAGGUCAUGGUAUCCACCGGCGGCAAGGGGCCCAGGAUCGCCGCGUCGACGCGAGCGACAAUCGAGCGGGCUCUACCAGAGAACAUCGGCCCGGCCAUCGAGAAAGUCGGUCAGCUUAGAGCGAUGCUGCGCAAGAGGGCUCCGGACCAGAAGCAGGGUCCAAAGAGAAUGAGGUGGAUGAUCGACGUCUGCGAUGCAUGGACGGUGGACGAGCUAGCGACGAUGACGCCCCACGAGAUGGAUCAAAUCCUCGAAGGGUGGGAGGCAGGCAAGAUAAAAAACGCUCGUCAGGUUAGGGGAUGGGCCUGGUGGGCCGCCCCAAGCUGGCAAGGAAGCAAAAAGGCCCUCUUCGGCACUUGCCCCGUCGUGGGCUAUCCUUCGCCUUGGUCAGCAGGGAUCGGAGGUGCCUUCGCGGGCGCUGCUGCUGCUACUGUAUUCUUCGCGGCAACGAGUCGCCUGCGCAGGUAGACUAAGCUUUCACUCUUCAUUUCCCUUGUACCAUCAUCAUCAUCUUCCUUUUCUUCAGCACCAUGUCCAAUGAGAAAUGGCCGUGAU